UCAAACUAUUUCUCACUCCCACUCGUCCUUUCAUCCUCUAGUAUAUGUACGGACCAUCUUUUCACUGAUCACAGUCGGUUGAGGAGCGUUUUGACGGGACCAUUAUCAAUUAAACACCAUGGGGCUAACAAGUGAUCCACAUUUCCAGAAACUUGAACAAUGGUACAAAUCCAAAGCCGGGAACCUCAACAUGAGAGAGAUGUUUGAUGCUGACAAGGAUAGAUUCAGCAAAUUUAGCAUAACACUUGAAACCGAUGAUGGCAACAUCCUGCUCGAUUACUCCAAAAACCUCAUCAAUGAGGAAGUCAUGAGGAUGCUUCUCGGCCUGGCCAAGUCCAGAGGAGUGGAGGAAGCAAGAGACCGGAUGUUUUCUGGAGAGAAGAUCAACUUCACUGAGGGCCGUGCUGUUCUCCACAUUGCUCUGCGUAAUCGUUCAAACACUCCAGUCAAUGUAGAUGGCAAGGAUGUCAUGCCGGAGGUCAACAGGGUCCUGGACAAGAUGAAGGCCUUCUGUCAUAAAGUUCGCAGCGGUGAGUGGAAAGGAUUUAGUGGGAAAGCCAUAACCGAUGUGGUCAACAUUGGGAUUGGUGGGUCUGACUUGGGUCCUCUCAUGGUGACCGAGGCCCUGAAGCCCUACUCUAAGGGUGGCCCCAAUGUGUGGUUUGUGUCCAACAUUGAUGGCACACACAUGGCCAAGACCCUGGCCCAGCUCAACGCUGAGACGACCCUCUUCAUCAUCGCCUCCAAGACCUUCACCACCCAAGAGACCAUCACCAACGCGGAGUCUGCCAGGGAAUGGUUCCUACAGACAGCCAAUGAUCAAUCUGCUGUUGCCAAGCAUUUUGUGGCGCUGUCCACCAAUGCACCUAAAGUGCAGGCCUUUGGUAUUGACACAAACAACAUGUUUGAAUUCUGGGAUUGGGUUGGAGGGCGUUACUCUCUGUGGUCUGCUAUUGGGAUGUCUAUUGCACUGCACAUCGGGUUUGAAAACUUCGAACAGCUUCUUGCUGGUGCUCACUGGAUGGAUAACCAUUUCCACAGUGCCCCCUUGGAGAAGAAUGUGCCGGUCCUUCUGGCCAUGUUAGGUGUCUGGUACAUCAAUUUCUUCCAAGCUGAGACCCAUGCCAUGCUACCAUACGACCAGUACAUGCAUCGUUUCGCUGCAUACUUCCAGCAGGGUGACAUGGAGUCCAAUGGGAAGUAUAUUACUAAAGAUGGCACCCGUGUUAAAUACCACACCGGCCCUAUUGUCUGGGGUGAGCCGGGGACCAAUGGACAGCACGCCUUCUACCAGCUCAUCCACCAAGGCACACGUAUGAUUCCUGCUGACUUCCUCAUUCCUGCCCAGACGCAGCACCCCAUCAGGGACAGCCUCCACCACAAGAUCCUGAUGGCCAACUUCCUGGCUCAGACGGAGGCUCUGAUGAAGGGUAAGACUUCAGAUGAGGCCAGGAAGGAGCUGGAGGCUACCGGGCUGCAAGGACCAGAGCUGGAUAAACUGCUUCCACACAAAGUGUUCCAGGGGAACAAACCCAGCAACUCUCUAGUUUUCAAGAAGCUGUCGCCCUUCAUGCUGGGAGCACUGGUUGCCAUGUAUGAGCACAAGAUCUUUGUGCAGGGGGUCAUCUGGAACAUCAACAGUUAUGACCAGUGGGGCGUUGAGCUGGGCAAACAGUUGGCGAAAGCCAUUGAGCCGGAGCUGAGGGACAGCUCUGAGGUCCAUUCUCACGAUUCCUCUACCAACGGGCUCAUCAACUUCCUCAAGAAGAACGCUGCCUAGAUGUCUUCGCUGCUGACCCUCCACCUUUGACGUUUGCCCCCUGGCUGAUCCCUACUGGAACCCUGCUACUGGUUGACCUAUUCCACAAUGUAGUCCUGAUCCUUGGCCCGCAGAAAAGAGCACUUUACAUUUGUGAUGAUCACCGUCUGUUUCCGUGAUUUGUGAGACUUUACUGUAUAAUCUAGAUGUACUAUUACGGUUUAACCUGAUAAUGGAAUAACUUGCUUUGGGUAGGGAGACUCCUUUUAAUAUUACAACGUGCAAGAUAUUACUGUAGGUGACAGGGCCUCCUCACUGUAGUCAGUACAGACUUACCAAAUAAAAGCCAUUUGCCACUCUU